AUACGCAAAAUAGCGAAUUAAUGUGAACGCAAAGUAUUGGCAAGUGCAAACAAAAAUAUAUGCAAAUUCUUAGGGAAAUGACGCGUAAAUAAAAUUUCCCAAAACACGGUCUCUAAAGUCCCAUACACACAUACACGCACACGUACAUGCACUAUGGAGAGACUGCAACCGGGUGAUGCAUGUGUGGAAUGCUCCAGCAGAGGCGUAAACCACAAGUUGCGCUAUUUUUAUAUAAAUCUUAAUGAGCAGUUGCUCAAGUGCGAAUCGCGUCGCUGCCUUUGGCCGCAUACCGAUGCCGUUUCCUCCUCUUCCUCUUCCGAUGAUGAGCAGGAGACCAUCCGGUCACCGAAGCACUCGCUAAAUUUGGAUGACGAUGAAUUUAUUAAGCAGCUGCUGGAAAAUCUGACCCCAAGUACAGAGAUAGCCGAGGCUUCGACGAAGGCAAAUAAUUCCAAGUGCGACUCCAGCUUAACACCAAAUGUCCCAUCGAGCAGCAAUGCUAUUAUGGAUCUUUUGGAAGAAUCUCAUCCGCCUGCAACAACAACUGCCCCAGUAAUAUCUAUGCCGAAUAUAUUUGGUGAAUUUGAGCAGCAACCUGAGCAAACUGCAUUUAAUCUCGAGCCUGUGAAUGCUCCUCCAUUCCAAUUGAGUACCAAGGCUGGAAAUUUUGCCACUUCCAUUUCGCAGGAGUUGCCCACACCCAAGAUCCCACUGGAAAAGGAGUUGCCCACACCUAUGAUCCCACUCGAAAAGGAGUUGCCAACACCUAUGAUCCCACUCGAAAAGGAGUUGCCCAAGGCGAGUACCUUUCAGACACCGCCUAGAAAAGCAUCCACACUGCCGCGCUCAGAGUUGCAUUCGAAGCCAAUGCCACCGACCGCACCCACAACAAAUGCAUCAUCAAGUACAGCCGCUAGCCAGUUCCUGAAUGCCCUAAAAGCGCAACCAGUGCAAGGUGCACGGACUAAACGCACCAGACAACUCCCCCGCCCCGAAAGUUCAAGCGGUGGAGGCAGCCCCCGAUUCAGCACUCAAGAUAUCAAGCAGACGCUGGAACGCAUCAGCAAGCAAAAGUAGGGCAAAGCUUAAAGUGAACCGGAACCGGAACUGGAGCAGGAAGCGAAUAUCUAUGCAAAUGGACAGCAGAAGGAAGCGAAUAACAUAAACAAACCAAAAUGAUUUUUGGAAAUAUUCGCAAACUGAAUUUACAAUAAUAUGAGAGAGUGUGUGUGUGAGUGUAUGCAAACAAUUCCCAUUUAUAUAUAAACAUUCAAGACUAUUGACGGUCACCGUUUUAUUUAUGCUCGGCACGCGUCCACCGCAUGUUGAGCAAUGGUCGCCAAAUCGGGCGAUAGCGCCGCGAGAAAUUACAGAUUAAGAAAGAAGCAGAGAAAGGAGGCAAGCGGGUCAGAGCAAGUGCGCCACGAGAUGCAAUUCGAUGCGAAGCGCAGCCGCUAACAGAUGAAUGAAAUGAACAGUGGCACCGCCGCUCUCCGCACAGGCCUCGACGCAUAGCAGCCAUGCGUUCACCACCAGCUCGUCGGCGCCCAAUCGUGUGGUGACCCGAUC